GUAGCCACUCAAAACUUUAUAAGUGAAUGUGCUUUCCAACCAACUCCCCAAACAUUUCGUCGUCAUCACAUACCUUCUUUCUCACUCGACUCUCCAUUCCACACCACCUUCUCACUCCCCUCAACACCCUCAAGAAUCUCUCUCAGGAAGCUGGCAACAUGUCUGCUAUCUUCACCUUCCUUGUUGGUCUGCUGGCCACGCUGGGAGCCGCCGAAACGCGCGGCAUCACGCCGCAUGACAUGUACAGCUCGUCCGUGGGCGUGCUCGGCUGCAAGAUCAACACCAACCGCGUCGCCUACUGGCCCAUGGCCGUCGACUGCGACAACAUCUGCGUGCGUGUCUCGCACAACGGCCGCUCGGUCGAUCUCCUGCGCAUCGACCAGUCCGGCGGCGCCUACGACAUCUCAUACGACGCCUGGGCCUUCCUGCAGACGGGCCAGAGCGCGCGCGGCAACCCGAUCACGGGCGGCGCCGUCAACAUGGAGAUCAAAACCAUCCCCGCCGACAACUGCCUCAAGCUGAUGAAGUCGGGAGGCCUGCCGCUGUCGGCCUCCAACAGCAUCAACUACGUCGCCGGCUGCCUGGGCAACUCGAACAGCUUCGUCGCCAAGCACUUCCAGCUGUUCAACAUCCAGGACCCCGUCUGCCAUUGGGGGUAUGAUGAGCAGUGCAAGCUCGAUCUGGCCGUCAGCAACCAGCCGUCGUGCCCGCAUGCCCUCGGCAGCACCAAGGGCCGCCUGCCCGACACGGUCUUCAACAUCCAGUACGGCACUGGGAAAGUGGUUGCUGCUCCUUGAAGGGAGGCGGAUGGAUAAGAUCGGCUUGGGAAUGGGUACACUUCACUCAGGGUGGCGUUUGUUUACUAACUUAGUAGUAAAGGGCGGAGGAACAAGCAUCGGUUUCCCUGAAGACACAUGGGAAAAGGACUCUGGUUUAUUAUGGGUUAGUCAUCGAAGGCGAUGACCAGCUACGCUAUGAGGCUA